AUGUCCACCUCCACCGCAACCGCAACAGCCACCACCACCACCGGCUCCGCCGCGGCCGCUACCUGCUCGGGCAACCUCUACGUCCUCCCCGUCCAAGACGCCGCCUGCGCCCUCCCCAACUCCGGCAACUUUUCCUCCGUCAUGGACAAAUGCUGCUCCCCCGCGACCGUCACCAAAUACGACAACGACUGCGGCCUGUACUGCCUGGCGCAGGACCAGACCGUCAAGACCCUGCUGGCGUGUCUCCAGGACAACGGCGCCGUGACCGAGGCCUUCUGCAGCGGGAACCUCACAGCCAGCGCAACGGCCAAGGUGUCGUCCACCGAGACCGGCAAAGCGGGGAAGACGGGCACCAGCACGGGCAGCGCGGCGAGUAGCACGAGUACCUCCGAUAAGAGUGCGGCGGUGGUCGGGCACAAGGUUUCGAUGGGUGGGUGGGUCGUGCUGGGGAUGGUGGUUUCUUCGUGCUUGUUUGGGGUUAUGGGUUAG